CCGGAAAUGCUGCCGCUCAUGACGUUGAGCUUGAUGCUAACCAGGAAGUGACCAUUCCUUCAGGUUCCUUCAGGUUCUGCAGAAGCUGAGAAUCAAUCCGAGGUGAAAGUUCACAUCUGAUGAACAGACGUUUUCAAUACAAGACUUCAGACAUGACGAAACACGAGUUCGAGGUGGCGAUGACGUGUGAGGGAUGUUCAGGAGCCGUCACCAGAAUCCUCAACAAACUGGGAGAUGUGAAGUUUGAGAUCGACCUGCCUAAGAAGCUGGUUUGGAUCGAGUCCGACAGAGACGUGGACUUUCUCAAAGAGACGCUGAAGAAAUGUGGGAAGGAAGUCAAGUACAACGGCACCAAAUGAAGGAGUCUGCUGCUGCUCAUAGGAAAUCAUUGCUGCUAAUGCAAAGCAAACAUUUAUAAACUGGAAGGAAGAGUCUGGAUC